UUUUAAGUCUGGCCUUGGCCUAGCGGAUCAACUCUAUUUCAAAACCAUUGUUCCUUUCUCUCAUCUUUUCUAAGUUUCAGAUAUAUCGUAAAACAAUGCAAUUCGAUGUAAGUAACUGCACGCCAUUGCGGCAUGGGCGAGUCCGGACAUUGUUGAACGAAUCGUCAUUAGCGUCAUCACCUUCUUUACAAAUUCCUGCUUCACCAUUCAUGAAGCAUUUAGGAUUCGGAACUGGUGUGAAUGUUUAUUUGAUUGAAAGAUCGCCACGUCAAGGCCAGUAUAGAUCACCGUGGGCAAUUAAGAAGAUAAAUAAAAAAUGCGGUGGGAAUGAAAUGACCUACAUAGAAAGGUUAAAAGAGGAAGCGGCCAUCUUAAAAAGUCUUCACCACAAAAACAUUGUAGGUUUUCGAAGCUUUACAAAGUCAGAGGAUGGAACUUUGUGUUUGGCGAUGGAGGACGGAGAGAAAUCUUUAUUUUCUAUGAUUGAAGAUCGAAUGUCAACAGAGACUGGACCGUUUCCAGUUCAAUGCAUUCUUGAAGUUGCUGCCCAAGUGUCAAGUGCCUUGGCUUAUUUGCACAAUGAAAAGAGAAUUUUACAUGGAGAUUUAAAGAGUGCUAAUAUACUUGUACAGGGUGAUUUUGAAGUCGUAAGAAUCUGUGAUUUUGGAGUUACAAUUCAACUUAAUGAACUCCUUGAAGCUUCAGAUCCAGAGGCACAGUAUGUGGGGACAGAAUCAUGGUGUUCAAAAGAUGUAAUGGACGGGGGUGUCAUAAGUGACAAAACUGACAUCUACGCAUAUGGGAUGAUACUGUAUGAGAUGUUAACUCUUGUGAUUCCUCAUAUGCAUGUCUUCCCUGAGGAAGAAGAUUUUAGCAUCACAGAAGAGUUUGAGAGGGAAUUUGAACAAGCAGAGAUUGAAUAUCAAAACAGUUUGGGAACAAGGCCUCCAUUACUAAAUUACCAGUACGACAUUGCGUACCAGUCUGUUAUUGAAUUGUUCUGGGCUUGUAGUCAGUCUGCACCUGAAGAUCGGCCUUCUGCAGCACAAAUUGUUGAAGGUUUAAAACAACACACAGAAAUUGAAUCCUACAUUGCAAUGCCAGAUCCCAAAGGAAAGCUGGAAUUUUAAUCUUUUAUUUCUCUUGCCACCGUUGUUGUGUUUUAAUGUGCUCUUUUAAAACUUCAUUGCCAUGUAUGAAUAAACCACAUAUCUAAAAAAAAUAUCAAA